AUGUCAAGAAAAACCUAUCCAACUUCUUCUGAGUUGAGUUACGUAUCUCUGGAUCUUCUUUCAUACUUGGAAUCUGAGCAGACCAUGCCGUUUCAUAUAUUUGCCGACGUGGUCAUGCCGGAUUUUCUACACCAUUUAUCCAAAUUCCAUCCUGCUUCAGAAAGUGAUUUACAUGGAAAGUUAGAGGAAAUCCGGAAUGAUCUCACUUACAUCAAAAAGGCCUGUGGGAGAGUAAAGCAAUGGGAAGACAAGGUCAACAAGGAGAUCAAAGAGUUCAUUAUCCAGAGCUUUGACGAUGCCUUCAAAGAUGGAACAGAAGCACUAGAAAAUUCCCGCAGAACCAACUUCCUUCAAGAUAAGAUUGAACAAACCCGGAGUGUUGUUUCGGUGUUAAAGAACCAAAUCUUUUCACCCCUGGAACUCUCUUCAGUUAAUUUGGAUUCUGAAAGCUUCAAACGUUCCAGCUUUUCUAUGAAGGAUGGGUACCAAAUGCCCUUCCAGCUGCCAGACCAAAACAUCGUCAAUGAAAUGAUCAGGGAGAGAUCUUUGAAAGAGAUUCAGGUGGUCUACAACGAUCUAGAUGUUGCAUCAAAGAUGUGUUUGCUCUGUUUCUCGGUGUUCCCUGAAAACGCAGUCAUAAAGAAGAAAGUAUUGGUCCACUGGUGGGUCGGCGAGGGAUUUAUAGACUCCCCGAGUAGCGGAGGUAAGACGGCGGAGGAGACUGGGAACGUGUUCUUGAAAGAGUUAAUCUCCAAAGGCUUCAUUGAGCCGGUUCGCAAAAAGCGCAGAGCAAGCUCAGAGAAUUGCAAGAUGCAGCCGUGGGUUCGCUAUGCUGUAAUUGAGCUUGCGAAGACAGCUGGGUUCCUCUGUUUCGAUACAGAGGGAAAUCCGACUGCAAAUUUCUGCAGCAGUCGGAGGGCGUGCCUGGUGAAAACUGUAAAAGGGUCUUCGCUUCGGAAGUUCACGUAUGGUUUCGAUUUGGAUCUGGAGAAGGUUCGCACUUUGUUUAAUGUAAACGAGCCUCAUCUUGAUUUCAGAGUGGACUUUUUCUCAAAGAUGAAGUAUUUGAGAGUUCUUCAGCUGGGUAGGUGGCAGGCCUCCGCCAAGCAGCUUGUGGAAGUAGAGGAUGGUGGGUUCUUGAAAGGCUUGAAGAACAUGAAACUUCUUAGGUACUUUAGCCUCAGGGGGAUCUCCAGAAUCACGGAGAUUCCAGAUUCAAUUUGCAGACUCAGCAAUCUAAGAAUCCUGAACCUCAAUGGGUGUCAUAAUUUAGAGAAGCUUCCUGCUGGCAUAGGCUCGCUCAAAUUGCUGACACACUUAGACAUGUCCGAGUGUUACUUGAUUAGCCACAUGCCCAAGGGACUUGCUUUGCUCUCACAACUACAAGUUCUUAAAGGAUUUGUGAUUCGUAAACCAAGGCCCCGAGUGCAGUACUGCAAGCUUGCUGAUUUGGCGAAACUGGAAAAUUUGAGGAAGUUGGGCAUCCAUGUAGACAGAACGCACGAUAAAGCAGAAGAUGAGCUGCGCUCUUUACCAGAAUUCAAACGGCUCCGGUCGCUAUCAGUGGCAUGGUCACGAAUUUACAACUCAUCCACUCCCAGAAACGAAUCCACAAUCCAAAGGAUCGUUAGCAUGAAGCCAAUUAUCAACAAGAUAAGUUCAUUGAGAACACCUGAUCCCACGACUCCGGUAUCUAAAUCUCCCCCUGCUUCUUUAGAGAAAUUGGGCCUCCAGUAUUUCCCUGGUCCUACAAUGCCUGAUUGGCUCAAGCUCUUGGACCUGCAAAACCUGAAGAAGCUUUAUGUAAGGGAAGGAGAGCUGCUCUCAGACCUGCGGAUGGCGGUAUAUCACCCACAGAACGUUAGAGCUCUACGCUUGAAGUACUUGCCUCAGCUUCAGAUGAAUUGGGUAGAACUGCAGGCAUUGUUUCCAAAAUUGAGUUACUUGGAGAAAGUCAAAUGUCCUAAACUCUGUCUCUUCCCAUGUGAUGAGAAUGGAGAGUGGAUGCGCCCUGCAGCAGAAGCAGAGCAAGCAUAA